UGAAGUGGGCAACCGACAGCUGCUGUCUAGUUUUCGUGACAUCCGUUGAGUACAUAACAGAUCGGUGAUGACUUGCACAUGUCAGCAGAGAAACUUCAACACCAUUGCGUUGUUAUUGUGCAUAUGCCUGUACAUCUGUAUCAGUGCAUGGACUAUAAUGUAUCUGUCUACAUGGAAACGAGACACACUCUGUAGAGUCACCGUUAAUCAUGGGGUGGUCAAUGGUCCAGAGAACGUCGGCACUCAUCUGUCGGGAGACCUUUCGUCACAUGAAGUUGAGGAGGGUGACAUUUCAAACCCAAGAACCACGACGAGAAGUCUGCUGGACAAGUGGCGUAUCAUCAUGUCUUCCUCUACAGCAGCAGCAACAUCACCACAAACAAAAACAAAGAUGGCAACAUUUCCUCCUACCUUAGUACGAGGCAAAGACAUCACUCCGCUUAUAUCGAAAUUCUUUCAGUUAAAGGCUGGUGAGACGAAAGACGAUUUUGUCAAUCGUCACUGGUACAAAUUCUCCCUUGACUCCAAGCGAUGUAGAUCUGGUUCCACUUUCUUGGCUAUUAUCGUUCAUUCAGCUCCCGGCAAUAUUCAAAAGAGGAAUCUGAUACGAGAAACCUUUGGAUCGAUUGGAUCUUACAGAAACAGAAACAUAACUGUUGUGUUCAUGUUAGCAGCAGUCAAGCAGCAACGAGCACAGGAUGCUUUACAAUACGAGUCCCGGAGAUAUGAUGAUAUUGUGCAAGGAAAUUUCCCAGACUCCUACAAGAAUCUUGUGAGGAAACACAUUAUGGCAAUGCACUGGUUCAAGUAUAGCUGUAAAGCUAAAUACAUUCUGAAGUUGGAUGACGACACGUUUGUCAAUCCAUACAGAAUUAUUGACCAUAUUCUGAGAACUGAACCUCAAGGGCUCACCAUUGAAUGCAAAUUGUUACAAGGUCAAGAUCCUAUCAGAAACAAAAGGUCAAAAUGGCACACUCCAGUAUCUGAGUAUCCCUUUUCUGUUCUGCCACCAUUAUGUAUAGGUUUCGCCUAUCUGACAACUCCAGAAAGUUGGGCUGCCAUGUACAAAGUUUCUGAAACCAACAGGCUAAUGAGCAUGGAUGACGUGUAUGUCAGUGUUGUGUUGGCCAUGAAAGCUGGAGUACAAAGAAGAGACUUCAGCAACAUUCUGGUACAGUGUCCGAGGAAUAAGGCAUUUGAUUAUACAGAAAUAAACCAGAAAGCGAUAGUCAUCGACCGCGGAGCACAUUGUGGAUCCAUUCCCUUCAGACACUGGAGACAAAUACAGUAUGAAAAUGAACACUGGUGA